GGCUUGCUAGUGUCUUACAGGUCACGCUAGCUAACCUGCAUUUCCUAGAAGAGCGGCCUGGUACACACAGCCUGCCUGCUGCUUUUGCCAUUUCGUACGUUCAGCACGGAGCCUUGCAUCAAUUACUCCGAAUUUCGGCUGCAGCCAGGUCGCAAGAGGUGCUCUCCAGCAGCUACAGACCAGCCAUGAGUAAUUUUUUAACAGAACUGGCGGACAUGUUCCCGAGCUGGGACGCCGAGGCCCUGCGCGCGGUGCACGAGGCGAACCGCGGCGACCAGGAGAAGACGAUCACGCAGCUCCUCGCCUGGACCGCGGAGGACGCGCCAGGACCGCAGCAGCCGGCCGCGGCGUUCCCCGUCGUCUGCCCGCCGGGCGCCGGGCCCGGCACGCAGCUCCUCGUGCACGCGCCGACGACGGGCCAGCAGAUGACCGUCGUCGUGCCAAACGGCAUCGGGCCCGGCCUCCAGUUCCUCGUCGCGCUGCCGCCGCAGUUCGCGCGCGCGACGCCCGCGCCGCAACCGCCGGCGCCGCCCCAGAUCCACGACGCCGCGCCCGUCGUGCUCGAGCGCGCCUUCUACGACGACAUCAUGGCCAAGCGCAUCACGGACAAGAUGGCGCCCAAGGCCACGGGCGCCCUCCUCAAGGCCACGGCCAAGUUCAAGCAGCUCGCGCGCAAGGCCCGGGCCGAGGUCGCGCGGCGGCCGCACGUGCGCCGCCUGCCGAGCUCGCAGGACGGUCAGGUCAUCCGCGACGCGACGCGCGAGGACAAGAUCGCCGCGGGCAAGGCGCUGCUCGGCCAGCGCCUCGCCUUCCUCGCGCUGCGCAUGGUCGAGAUGGAGGACGACGGCAACUGCCAGUUCCGCGCGCUGUCCCAUGAAUUGUACGGCAGCCAGGACCACCACCUCCGCGUGCGCGCGGGCGCCGUGGCCUACCUGCGCGCCCACGAGGCCGACUUCGCGCCCUUCGUCGGCACGGCGGCCGACUGGGCGAACUACCUCGGGCGCAUGGCCAAGUCGCGCGAGUGGGGCGACGAGCUCACGCUCCAGGCGGCCUGCGGCGCCUUCGCGGUCGACGUGCACGUCAUCUCCACGGAGACGGAGCACUUCCACCUCGAGUACGCGUGCCCCGUGCCGUCGGCGGCGACGCCGCGCAAGCUGUUCCUGUCCUACAUCUCGCCGAUCCACUACAACGUCGUCGUGCCGAAUAAGUAGUUCUCUCCUGU